AUGGCAAAAAAUCAACAGUCCAGUAAUAUCGUAUCAAUGGAUAUAGAAGAAAACUCAAAUGAUAACGAUGUUUUUCUAGAGAAAUGUAUUUCAUUUGCUGAAAUCACCUCCACUGACCGAGCACUUGGAAUGAUGUAUCUUCAAAAUUAUAACUGGGAUCUAGAGCUUGCCGUGAAUAAAUACUUCUUAACACAACAGAAUAGUUCCACAAGUAAGAAACAAAAGCGCAAACGAACUUAUCAACAAUCAAAUGAACAACCGACUGUGAUCGAUCUUACUAAUUCUGAUGAUCCAUGUAAUAAUAGUUUGACAGAACUAACAUUAUCAACAACUAGAACUGAAUCAAUUGAAAAUUUGCCAAUAUUCAAUGUUUUGUCGUGGAAUAUUCAAGGUUUGGAGUCAACAAACUUAAACAAACGAAUGAUGUCUGUAGUGGAGAUAAUAAAGAAAGAAGAAUUCCAUGUAGUUUGCUUACAAGAAGUUAUACUUGUCUGUUUGGAAAUUCUCCGUGAGAAGCUAGAUUCAACGUAUGAUAUUUUUUCUGCAUCUGAUCAUAACUCUCUAUGGGAUUAUUUUGUUGUCAUUUUAGUUAAAAAGCAUCCAGAUAUAAAGGUUGACGCGGAUUCUGUUAGUAUUCAACCAUUUCCUAAUUCUGUAAUGAAUCGUCAUCUGCUAUCUAUUGAUCUGAACUUAUCACAGUUUCUAUCCAAGUCCAAUGUAGAAUUAAAUCUACGAAUAUUUACUACACACUUGGAAAGUUGUGCAGAAUAUUCUGGUGAACGAGUGACUCAAUUGAAAAGUGUUUGGGAUACAAUGUCCAGUUAUGUCAAGUGUGGCGAUUCUCAAGCUCGUUUAAACAAAAGCCGUGCAAGUAUAUUUUGCGGUGACCUUAAUCUGAGAGAUUCAGAGGUCGGCGUGUUAGGUGGCUUACCUAGUGGGAUACAUGAUGUAUGGUAUGAAUGUGGACGUCGCCAUGAGAUAAGGAAUACUUGGGACCCUAUGCACAACCUAAAUGCUCGACGUCAAUUCAGAGGUAUUCCUCGAGCUCAUAUGACUUUCCGAUAUGAUCGCAUGUAUGCGUUAGGCUCCAGAUUAAAACCCGUUGAUUUUGGCCUUCGUGGAAUCGAAAAGGUUAAGAAUCUUCCGUGUUUACCUUCUGAUCACUGGGCUAUACUUGGUCGAUUCUUAUUAACUGGUUUGUAA